UUUUACUCCAUCAGCCUUUUCAAGGAGGGAAAGAAAGUGGGGUGCAAUCAUGUCAUUCUUCACGUUACUUCCUGGCCCCACUGUUGCGCAGUUAACCAACGGUCUCUUGGUUAACCUGGUGGUAUAAUGCUGCUCAGCCUUUUGCUUGAUGGCGACUUUUAGAUUUCCCUCUAUCGUUACAAUGACAGCGUUGGCGAGAUUGAUGGGGAAUACUGCACGAAGUUGUCUUCCAAAAAACGCAUGUAGUAUUUCUACGACUCGCGUGUUUAUGGAUCUUGUUGGAAUAACUAGGCCUCCGGUAAACAUGCAGUGCGCCAGAAGGAACACUUCUACUACGACUCUAGAGCACUGGACUGAUAUAAGUAUCAAAGAGCUUAGAGCAAUGCUAACAGCGCAUAAUAUUCAGUUGUUUGAUGUCAGAGAACCCCAUGAGCUGGUGGAGUCAGGGAAGAUUGCUUGUGCUACAAACAUCCCACUGCGUAAAGUUCCUGAGGCCUUUACAAUGGAUCCUAAAGCAUUUGAGGAGGAAUACAAUGUUAAAAAGCCAGACAAAAAUGAUGCAAAUAUUGUGUUUCAUUGCCUGGCUGGAAUAAGGAGUAGAGCAGCAAUGGAGGCAGUUCAUCAAAUUGGCUACACUAAGGCAAGACAUUACCCAGGAGGCUACAUGGAGUGGAUAUCACAAGUUGAUAACUCAGAAAAAUCCAAUGGUUGAACUUGGAAGAAUAAUUUCUGUUUGUUUGAUUUAUUUAGUACUGGUUUCUGAUUGACCUUAGCGUGA